AUGGCUCGUAAUAUAGACCUAAAGACAGUCACAGACUGGUCGGUUUUAAUAGGGACUGGUAUCUCGUUAUACUACCUACUUCAUAGACUGUUCAAUGAUGCAGACGGACCUCUGGCCAGCGUUUCGAAGGAGUCACGAGAGAAACAGAGCACGACUUGGCGCAGACUGGUUGAGGCGAACCCGGAACUCUCGCGCGUGCACCUGAACAGCUACGAGCAGAACGCGCUGGCGUCGGUGGUCACGCCGCAGGACAUCGAUGUGUCCUUCUCCGACAUUGGAGGCCUGGAAACGAUUAUCGACGAGCUCACAGAGAGCGUAAUCUACCCGCUCACCACGCCGGAGCUGUACACACAGCACUCACUGCUGGAGGCGCCGACGGGCGUGCUGCUGUACGGCCCGCCCGGGUGUGGCAAGACGAUGAUCGCAAAGGCGUUGGCGCGCGAGAGCGGCGCGAACUUCCUGUCGAUCAGAAUGUCGUCCAUCAUGGACAAGUGGUACGGGGAGUCGAACAAGAUCGUCGACGCGCUCUUUUCGCUGGCCAACAAGAUACAGCCGUGCAUCAUAUUUAUCGACGAGAUCGAUUCGUUCCUGCGCGAGCGGGCGUCGUCUGACCACGAGGUCACGGCCAUGCUCAAGGCAGAGUUCAUGACCCUGUGGGACGGCUUGACGUCCAACGGCCGGAUAAUAGUGAUGGGGGCCACCAACCGGAUCACCGACAUAGACAGCGCCUUCCUGCGUCGCUUGUCCAAACGCUUCUCUGUUCCGCUGCCCAACGAGCCGCAGCGCCGCAAGAUUCUAGACGUGAUUCUCGAGAACGUGGAAGUCGACCCGCAAGACUUCGACAUUGACUAUCUGGUCAAGGCCACGCGCGGCCUAUCAGGCUCUGAGCUCAAGGAACUCUGCAGAGACGCCGCGUUGAACGCUGCGCGCGAGUACAUCCGGCAGAAGAGGCAACUCAGUGCAAAGGACGCAAGCUACGAGGGAAAACCAUUGAAAGUACGCCCGCUGCAGACCAGGGACUUCCUGAAGAAUCUCAAGCUCGAUGCCACCCAGCCGUUCGUGACUUCGGUAGCUCUGGACUAA